AUGGGAGCAACUCAGUUAAAGAUGCUGAAACUUUUACUUUUACUGACCAUUACAGAGAUUUGUGCAGCUGAAAAUGACAUGACAUUUUCAGUGUUUACGGUCACAUCUAAGAGCAUGACAGUGCAAUGGAGGGGCCCGCCUGGUGCCAGCUCCUACAAGAUCACGGCGACCCCCAAGAACUCCUCGAAAUACCCCGUCUUCGCUCAGUUCAGCGGUUACUCUGUGAUGGGCUCAUUCAACUCCCUGUCCCCAAACACAGUGUACACUGUGCGGAUAGAGGCCAUGGACAAUGCUCUCAAUGUCCUCAGCAGCGCGUUGACUGAGGAGACAACAGCUCCUGAGGUGCCCACCAUCAUACAGGCCUACUCCAAACACAGCGACAGCAUCACUGUCGAGUUCACAGAGGUCUCCGGGGCAACCAGCUACAUCUUGAGGGCAGAGUCAGGUGAUUUCUUCUAUGAGACCGAGGUAAACAGCACCCCAGGCACCGUGGUGCUUCUCCAGCCCCUCACUAACUACAUGAUGAGCGUCAUGUCCGUCAACUCGGGAGGGAGGAGCCAGCCCUCACAUCCCGUCGAGGCCAAGACAGUGGUGAUUGCACCACAGUUGAACACCACGUCCCCGAGCAACAACACCAUCCUUGUGAACUGGCCCGCUGUUGAGCAUGCUGUCCUCUACACACUCUGCAUUAUCCGAGAGGGCUCCAACACCCGCAUCAAGGUCAACUCCACUGACACCAUGGUGACCUUUGAUGGUCUGGAAGCAGGGACUAUGUACUGCAUCAAGGGCACGGCCUGGGACACUGAUGGUCGAACUGGAGACGACCUCACUGUCUGCCAGAUCACACGUCCACCAAGCCCAGAUGUGGCCUUUGUCCAGUUGACUCAAGGUCGGUCCCUUGGGCUCACUGUGUACUGGGUGCCAGUGCAGGGAGCAGAGACCUACAUAGCCAUGACCUCUGAUGGACAAAACUGUACCUCAACAGCUAACAGUUACUGUUACAUUGUAAAUGUGGAAUGUGGCCAGAACCACACUGUUACUGUAGCAGCCUACAACAGGGCCGGACCCAGCAGCCCCUCAAACCCAGCUGGAUAUAUAACAUACCCAUGUCCUCCAGAGAACAUCUGGGUGGAGGAGCCUGAGGCAGGCAACUGCUCGCUGGUGUGGGAUGAGGUGCAGCUGGUGGAGUACUACAUAGCUUUCAUAAAGAGGGAUGACGGGACAGAGAAUUCGUGCAACACUACUGACACCACCUGCCAAUUUUUCUGCAUGUGUGGCCACACCUACCUCACCACCGUCUUCCCCUACAACCAAGCCGGCCCCAGCCCUUCCUCACAUGUCCACAACUACACCACCAUUCCUUGUUGUCCACAGAACGUUACCGUCAACCUGGUUUCCACGGAAACCCUGGAGGUCAUGUGGUCACCGGUCAUAGGGGCCGAGCUGUACGAGACAACAGCAGAACAGACCAACGACGUUGUGCACUGUAACGACACAUCACCGGUGUGUGCCCUCUCAGACCUGAGGUGCAACACGGCUUACUCUGUGACAGUCACGCCUUGCAGCGAGUCUCGAGGAUGCAACCGCACCUGCACGCCACACACACACGAGACGGCUCCAUGCUCUCCAGAGAUCCUGAAUAUGACACAGACAAACAACGCCACGUACAGGGUCCACAUCACCACACCCAACACACCCAACACAAACUACACAAUCACUGCCACUGGUCGCUAUGACACACACACUUGCCACACAAGAAACAGCUCCUGUGAGCUCACACAGCUGCCCUGCGGUUCCAUCUAUAUAGUCACAGCAGUGGCCACCACAGCUGUAGGACGGAGUUUACCCGGAUACAGUAAAUCUUUGGAGACAGGUCCGUGCUGUCCAGCGUUUGUGAAUGUGACCCAGGUCACACAGGCUAUGACCAACGUGACGUGGUCAGCUGGCAAUGGAGCUCGCUCCUAUAUCACCUCACUGACGUCCUCAAAAGGACACGCUAAAUGCCACACCAUGGACACCCACUGUCUGAUGGGAUGCAUCACCUGUAGCACCAACUACAGCAUCCACCUGGAAGCCAUCAGCAGCACAGGACACAAGUCAGAGUGCCAGUAUCGUGGAUUCUCUUCUAGUCCCUGCUGUCCAACGGGCAUCAAGCUCUAUCGCACGGCCAACAACUCUCUCAGGGUCUACUGGCGCUCUUUGGGCCCUCAGAUCCAUAACCACACUGUAGAGUUGUACGGGACAGGAGCAAACUACACCUGCAUGGCAGCUGCUGGUAAUACACAUUGUGACAUCCAGGAGGAUUCGUGUGGGGACGUCUAUACAGUAGUGGUGGCACCAGUGACCCAGAACAGGAUCAAAGUCCACUUCUGUCAGCCCAGGAAAUACUCAGUUCCCUGCCCAGGAAGUAAUGCUGUGAUCUCUCUUGGAAGAAGAAGCUUGGAUUAAAUGUCUGAACACCCACCACCACGACCAACAGACCAGCAUGGACACAGCAACCAACAGCAACUGUGACAAUCUCGUAAAACCAGAUGAAAUAUCACUCUUGUUUAGGAAUUUCCCCUUUUUGUUGUAACUGUUAGUCAGAAAAAGUGUCCGACAAACAGUUUCUAUAUGACCAACAACAGCUGAAACACUGAAUUAAAAAAAAUUUAAAUUGUAUAUUUUUGCUCUGCAAUUCUAACAGUUGCCUAUUAUUAAUGAAACUUUAUCUUUUAACUAAUUGCAAAGGAAGCCAAAUUGGAAACUUGUCAGUGAGCACCCCCGCAUGAAAUCAUGGCAAUUAUCAUUUGAAGAUGAAACAAAUUUUAGAUAACACUUUAGGACUUCUCCAAGUAGAAGACCUCCGUAUGGCUGUAUGACGUAUCUGGGCUGUAACACAGGCUGGUGACCCAGAAAAGGGUCACAGGUAAAAGUAGGGCAGCAGGUAUCCAUCUCUGUGGCCUGGAGUCAUGUAUGCCAAGUGGAUGAUGCGUCUGAUCAGAUUGCUGAAGAAAGAUUCAGUGUUAUCUCUGCUUUCAUUGAAUUUGUUUUCUCUGAGCUGACAGACGACAAUAAAACACAUUGU